AUGCGAGGUUUUGAUAACUUUGUCUGUGGGGGGCGUGCUGAUGCAUUUGAUGACUUGCACAUCGAUCGCGCAGGGACCGCCAGCCAAGACGUCGCUCUUAUCGUUACAGAAGAUGAGAUCAACAUCAUGGCCCGCUGCAAAGAAGAUGAGAUGUUUUUCUUCUUUCUUGAUGGAUACCCUACAGAGAUGGAACGGAGUGUGGUCAACUCAUCCAUCACCGAUCCCUGCCCUCUCCGGAGCAAACGGGACGCGGUGUUCUCUACUGCCUAUGGUCUGGACAAGUUGGCCUUACGGUCUUGGCAUGGCGAUCCUCUAAUCUCGCUUCCCAUCAAACCAUUCUACGAAGCCAUCAACGCCAUCAGCGCCAUCAGCCUCAAUGUCGCUGUCCGCUUGUCCGCCAUCACUGGCCCCUCCAAGUAA